AUGGCCAUGUACCAGCAGGCAGCUGUCUCCAAGCAGCAGGACAACACCUUCUCCAGUGGGGUCAUGGAGGAGUCUGAGGUCUGCUCUGUGCCUGGGGGGCUCGCCAGCGUCAGGGCACAAUUCGAGAACCAGGAAACUGCACCAUCGCACAAUGUCUCCCAGUUCCACUUCCACCGCAGAGCUGUGCAGGAAGUGCAAUUGAACUCUGAGGUGACAAUGAGGAGCAGUUCCAGAGAAGUCAUCCCAGCCUCUCAGCAGGCUAUUUUCCACCAGGAUGAACAGGUCACACAUGAAGAAAACAACUUUACCUCCGUUUAUGACAACAAGCAUAAUAAUGAAAGAGAAGAUUUAGAGUACUUCCCACCUCCACCCCCAGACUUACUGCAGGUCCCAUCAGAAAGUCCAGAUAUGCCAGUAGAGUGCUACUUAUCACCUGAGCCCCCGGAAUCAGCUUACCCUUCUAAACGUCCACUCAGUAGACAAGAAUACUUCAGGCAGAGAAACCAGUAUGAGUUAAAGCGCCUUUACAAGCAUAUCCAUCCUGAGGUGCGUAAAAACCUAGAGAUGUAUAGUGAUGUGGCUGAGUAUGAAAACACCCAACAAGAGAGUCAGGAGGAGUUCACAGGGGAGACCAGGUAUAUAUACGAGGAUAAUGGUAGCAGCCCCAACGACUGUAUUAGCCCAGAAGAAGAAUACCUGGAAUGGGAUGAGAUCCUCAGAGGGGAGGUCCAAUCAAUGCGCUGGAUGUUUGAGAACAAACCUCUGGAUGCCAUCAAAGACGACGCCUCAAAUGAGGAUGACGCCCAAAACAUGGAACAGGAGAUGAUUGUUGGGAGUGAUGUAAGAAGCAAAGCAUGGAUGUUUGAGACCAAGCCCAUGGAUGCAUUGGGAUCAGACAACAUAGCUUCAACUAAAUAUAGACACAAGUUCAAUACGUUGGACAAAGGAGAUGUCCGUGCUGCAGCCUGGUUGUUUGAAAACCAACCCAUGGAGACCCUGAACAAACUGCAUGGCGAUGAAGAGCUAACCAAAGAGAUAGUGUUUACCCAGGAAGAUGGCAGCUCUACCAUACACAUGCUUGAAUCUCAGUACAUGGAAACUUUAGGCCAUACUGAGACCAUUGAUGACAGUCACCUCCUGAGUCUGAGAUCAGUGCUUGAGGAAAUAAAGGGAGAAGUGAAGACAAUCACAAGCACAUUUGAGACUCGGUUUAUGUGCGUCCUCAUGGGACAGUCAGGCCAGAUGUUGGAGAUAACAUCUAUACGCAAAGUGGAGACUGAGAAGGUGGACACUAAAACAUCGACCUGGCUUUUUGAUACCCAAGCCCUGGACAUGACUAAUAAACCCGCUGCCCCAGUGAAACUUGUGUGUAGCCUGUCCAUGGAAGACAACUAUAAAGGAGAUGUUCACCGGAGUAGAUGGUUGUUUGAGACAAAGACCUUAGACUCCGUUAAUGAAGAUGAAUGGGAGAGCUCAACCCUGCAAAAGGAAGAGAUAAUUGGAGCCGAUGUUCGAAAGCAUUGCUUAGCGUUUGAAACUCAGCCAAUGAAUUCUCUGAAAGAUGAUGCAAAUGCUAGACCCCCGACUAUCGGUGGUAAUGUUAGAUCUGCAAGACACUUCUUUGAAACUAGUCCAGAGGCAGCUUUGAAGGACCUCAAUGAGGUUGGGAAACUACAAAAAAUGGUGAGACUUGAUGAAGAGAAGGGGGAUGUGAGGCACCAGAAAUGGGUUUUCGAAAGUCAACCCCUGGAGCACAUUCAAGAGGAAAAGAAGGAAGUCAUUCGAACCAUUAACCUGGACGAAAUCGAUAAAGUGGAUGUCUCAAACUACAAGCAAAUAUUUGAAACCACAGACUUAACCAGAUGGGAUGAAUCUCAAAAGAUACUCGUGGAGGGUGUAACAUGUGGCUCUGUGAAAUCUAACAAACAUCUGUUUGAGUCUACACCAAUGUACGCCAUGCAAGACAGCUCUGGCCAUUACCAUGAGGUGAAAACAGUGCAUCGGGAAGAGGUUGUCAAGGGAGACGUAACAAGCUGCAAAUGGAUGUUUGAAACAUGCCCCAUUGACCAGUUUGAUGAAAGUAUCACUAAUUAUGAAGUUAUUAAGGGAAUAUCCAAAGAAGAAGUUGAGUCUGGUGACGUUAAAACUGCCAAGUGGCUGUUUGAAACACAGCCUCUUGAUGCAAUUAAAUACUUCAGCAAUAUUGAAGAUGAGGAAAGUACAACUAAGGAAAGUGUUGAGAUAGUAAAAGGUGAUGUUAAAACCGGUAAGUGGUUAUUCGAGACUAAACUAAUGAAUGUCCCAUAUGAGAAGGAGGAGUUGAAGAGUGAAAAUGAGAGUGAGGAGAUACGCAAAGGAGAUGUAAAAAUAUGCACAUGGUUGUUUGAGACACAGGCACUUGACACUAUCCGAGAUGAAACAGAAACUGUUCUACAAACAUGCACUGUGAAUCAAGAAGAUGUCCAGGGCAAAGAUGUACGAAUGGCUCGUUUUUUAUUUGAGACGGAGAAUCUUGAGAACAUCACAGGGGAGGAUGAGAGCUUUAAGAGGGUUACAGAGAUUGACAUUCAGUCAGGAGAUGUCAAUAGAAUGAAGUAUAUCUUUGAGAAUCAGUCCUCUGAUAUCAUGACCUCAACAUCUGAGGAGUUCAUGCAAAGGCUCAAAACUACACAAUCAACUACACAAUCAGAGAACAUCCAGAAAGGAAAUGUGGUGAACUGCAAAUGGCUCUUUGAGAACCAGUCCAUAGAUGCCAUACGUGAUAUCCAAGAAGAGACUCUGGACACCCGCACUGUGACUGAUGUACAAGGAGGUAAUGUGGACAAAGGUCGUUUUAUUUUUGAGAGGUACUCCUUAGACAAAAUCCAGGAGGCUUCCUCAGAAAUAGAUAUUACAAAGUUGCAGAAAAUAACUUGUGAGGAGGAAGAGAAAGGGGAUGUGAGGAACUACACCAUGAUGUUUGAAACUCAGCCUCUUUAUGCCAUUCAAGACAAAGAGGGCCAUUAUCAUGAGGUCACCACUGUCACAAGCGAGGAGAUAUUGAAGGGUGAUGUGAUCGGGUCCCGGUGGCUGUUUGAAACCAAGCCUCUUGAUUCUAUCAGGGAUACAGAUGAGGUCUAUAUCAUCAAAUCUGUCACACAGGAGGAUGUUCAGAAAGGAGAUGUUACUUCAGCCAAGUGGAGAUUUGAAACACAGCCACUUGAUACGAUUACAGAGGAUAUAAAAAUGUCAGUUAAAACUGUUGAAGAUAUUCAAGGAGGAGAUGUUAGAAUGAAUAAACAGCGUUUUGAAUCUGAUGAGCUGUCACAGAAGUCUGUGCGAACAGUUAAUGUGAGUGAAAUCCAGAAAGGUGAUGUCAGGACAGCAAAAUGGAUGUUCGAAACUCAAACAAUGGAUAAAAUACGUAGCCAGAGCGAAGAAAAUUUAAUAGAAACAGUCAUGAAAGAGGAGGUGUUAAGGGGAGAUGUUAGACAAUCAGUGUGGCUCUUUGAACAGAAUCCCCUUGACCAUAUAAAGGAGAUAGAUGAGGAAGAUACAGUAGUUAUUCAAGAGGAAAUCCCCAAAGCCGAUGUAAAGACAACAACAUGGCUGUUUGAAACAACUCCGUUCCAUGACUUUAAUGAGAACAAUGUUGAGAAGUCGGAAAUCCUGGGUAAAAGUAUCAAAGGAACCCUUGAAGAACUUUAUAGCCAGAAAAUCGUUAAUUCAAAAGGAGUACUCAUUGAAGCAGAUGAAAUUGGGGACGUUAGAAUGGCAAAAUACCAGCUAAUGAAUAAGGAUUCUCCAGAGAUCCAAAGAGAGGAAAUCAUCAGCGGGGAUCUGAGCAACAUUAUGAUGAAUCUUUUGAACCGUCGGGAAAGAAUUGAGAGGGGGGUAGUGGUAGAGUCAGAGGAGAAGGGUAAUAUCAGUACAACAGUGCAUCAACUGUUCAACCAAGAGAGGGGCAUCAGUGUGGAAAAGGAGGAAAUAUUAAGAGGUGACAUCCAGGAAGCUGUAAACAAUCUUCUCAAGGAGGGAGGAUCUGCUAAACGUGGUAUACUCCUUCAAGAGGAUGAGAAGGGAGAUGUGCGAAUGACCAUAUAUUCUCUUCUAAAUAAAGAAGAGGACAUCAGUGUUGAAAAAGAGGAUAUAAUCAAAGGCAAUAUAAGACAUGCACUCCAAAGACUAUCCAACCCAGAAAACCAAGAGCAGAUAAGGAUAAAGGUGGAUGAGAACGAAAAGGGAAACGUGAACUUUUACUCCACAUGCAUUGAAUCUGGGGCGCUUGACUAUCUCAAACAACUCCAGGUAGAGCCAGAUGAGACUCCACCUGAAAAGGUAGAGAAAGAGGAGAUUAUUAGAGGAGAUAUAAAGGGGACAAAACUCAUUCUUGACAGUAAUCGAGCACAAAUUGAACGUACAGUAUAUGAAGAGGACAUAGUGCGCGGAGAUGUUCACAACUCAGUCAAGGUUUUCAUGACUGAACCCACACUCUCAUUGGAUGGCCUACAGAAAGAGGAAAUUGUGAGGGGCGAUUUGAAAGCCGCUAUGAACUCGCUGUCUCAGUCUGUAAAUCAGACAGUGGUUGUAGAGAAAGAGGAGGUGGUAAGAGGUAACAUACACAAAGCCCGAAGGCACCUUGAGUUGGCUCAAAGACGGCCCAAGGAGGUGGAAAAGCCAGAGAUUGUCCGCGGCAACAUCAAAGGGGCAUUGAGGUCCCUAGAGAAAUCUGCAACCUCUAAAGUUGAAGUUGUCAUCGAAGAUUUAGUACCUGGAGACAUCAAAGGUACCUUAAAAUCCCUGGAGCAGGCAAAGCAAACAGUCAGGGCGAUCGAGAAGGAAGAGAUUGUAAAGGGAUUUCCUUCCACCCCCACCCUCACAGUAUGA